AUGGACCCUGCUGGACGGAGCUUCAGUGGAGAGCAGCAGCAGCAGGCGAGUGAGGCGACGGGUGACGCAGGUCGUGAUACGGCUAAUGCACCGCUGCUGCAGUGCGCAGAAACGUCGCCGUUCGAGUCGGAAAGCUCGAAGUGCUCAGGGCUUGCGUCACCGCCCCCCUUAGCGCCUCUCUCCGUGGCAGUGCGGGUGGUCCCCACGCUCGCAGCGGCUACGACGAGCACAGCUUCCGCCACUUUCGCCGCGCCAGUGAUCGUUAGGUCCUCACAUGACUUGUCAUCAAGCUCUGCCACACCCCCUGUAACCGAAACUGCACUCAUCAGCGCGUCGGCGUCGUCGAACUUGCGCGGUGGCAAUGACACUGAUGGAGGCGAUGCGAAUGAGGGAGAGGAAGAGCCGUUUCUCACCAACGGCUCCAUCGCGUUGGCAGAGUUUACGAGCCUGCUGAACCCUACAGAGAACAACGCUAUUCUCAAGGAACACAUCAUUCACAUGCUCCGUGAUGUGGACACCGAAGAAACGCUGAUGCGUAUCGCUCACGCGUUGGAGACGCAGGAGACGAGCGAGACGCCGGUGGAUGUCAGUACCACGAUAUGUACGGAGUCGUCGCACGACGUAGAGUCCUACACACACGCGUCGCAGAGCACGGUGACCUCGAUGAGCAUGACGCAGGGUCGGCGCUCCAGUGUCCUGUCGCGCCGAGAGGCCACCAGCCUUGAGGAGUUCGCUGGCCUCUCGUUUCUGCGCUCGCGGCGACGCACGACGUCGCCCAGCGCGCAAGACUGCCCAUCGUUGGCGCAGCCAUUGGAGAAUAGGGGCCUGUACAACCAGUCCGCACGCGGCCUUGGUGGCCCAAUGGACGUCUCCUUCAACUCCCACACGUCUGCCGGCACGCGUGAGGAAGAACUGCAGAGGUCGAAGCAGCACGAUGAUCCCCCGUCAGCCUUCAUGGCGACCAGCGAGUCUCAAUUUAGUGAAACGACCGCGACGCUGCUUGACGACCCACUGCUGCGCGAACUGCCGGAACUUCCAACUUGCAUCCAAAGCGAGGGUCGACGUGCCGCGGUAUCGGCGGCGCCGUACACGUCGCCAUUCGACAUCAUCAGUGGUGAUGCGCCGGCCACGGCACCGCUUCCCUUACGCGUUGUGCCCAAGACUGCGGCGGAGGAGCAGCAGCUGCGUCGGCUACUGCACCGCUGCCACAGCUUCUCCUCCCUUGAGGCAGACACCCUUGAGGCCGUCCUGAAGGCUAUGGACAAGGAGAUACAUGCAGCCGGCGCGGCCAUCUUGGAGCAGGGGCAGCCCACGACGGAGAAGCUCUACCUCGUCAGCGAGGGCACAUGCGAAGCCAUUAAGAACGGCAAGUCGCUCGGCCCGCUGCAGCCGGGCGGGACCUUUGGUGAGCUGGAGCUCAUGUACAAGCAGGCCAUGUGCGCGGCAACGAUCCGGUGUGUGACGCGGUGCGUACUCUACACGCUAGACGAGGCGAGCUACCACUGCGCUGUCAUGUCAAGCUCACUGCAGAAGCGGCGCAGAUUUGAGAAGCUGACAAUGAGCGUGCCUUUCCUGCGGGGCCUGCCGGACUUUGAGCGGAUGAAGAUUGCCGAGGCGCUCGAGACGCGGGUCUACAAGCACGGCAAGACAAUCAUUCGCUUCGGCUCGCCUGGCAACUACAUGCACUUCAUCGUCGAGGGUGAGGUAAAGGUGAUUGGGAGGAACAGUGGUCGUCGAGUCGAAGUAGUACGCCUGCGCGCCGGUGACGUCGUCGGCGAGCUUGAGUUUCUCUUUAACCACCUCACUGUGGCAGACGUUGUGGCUACGUCUCGCGAGGUUCGGACGGCAUGUAUUAGUCGCGAGCACUUCGAGCUCAUUAUCGGGCCUAUACAAGACCGCCUGAAGGAGUUCAUCGCAACCUCCUCUACCUACGAAAAGUACUACGUCUCUGAGGUGGCGAACGAGAGUGUACGCAGCGAGCUCAACCGCAUCGAGUCGUCGCGCAAGCAUCGGCGCGUCGCCUCGCAUGAUGAGUGGACGACAAUCGGGGUCACCGAUCCACACGGAGAGGUGCUGCUAAGCGCACCACUAGCGCUGCUCCACGGCAAGUGUGGUGCCUCCAACAGCGACUCAACGGUCAAGGGUGGUGCUGACGCGCAUGGGCAACGCAGGCAGGCAGCGGGGGACUCGGACCAGCUGUCAAUGGGGCUGCUGCGGUUCCCCUUUGCGCCAGUCGCGGGCAAGGAUGUGGCCGUGUUGGCUCUCCGCGAGGACGGCCUCAUCAUCUACUGGAACUCAGUGCUGGAAAGGCUAAUGAACUACUCUGCAGACGAAGUAGUGGGGCAAAACAUUUACUCCUUUCUCCUCUCGGAGCGGGAGCAGCAGUCUAUGUACAAGGCCAUCAACGCGGCGCGCAACUACGCUGGCGAAGCCGAGGCAUUUUUGAAGCAGCCGAACACAAAGUCGAUCCAGUUCACGCUCGCCCGCAGCGACGGCCUCACGAAGACGACCAUUCAACUCACCAUUGCCCCGCCAGUCGUGUCAGCCGGCGGCAACGCAGCGGAGGUGGUGUUGGGCUUUGGCAAGGAGGUCAGGGAGGGGCCACAGAAAAUGUUGGAGCAGCCGCAGUGGCUCUCUGGUCAAAUUCGCACCAUUUUGGCGGACGGCACACAGACUUUCGAGGAGCGACUGGAGUGCAUCGCGGAGACGCUGAACAACUUCGAGUCCACCUACCGCGCGAUGACGGUGUCGACGGAGCGGUUGCGUGUGGUGAACAUACGGCAGAUGAUGGGGCAUGUUCUCAUGAACUUUGGCGGCGAAUGCGUGAGCCGCGGCAUUUCCGUCCGGCAGCUCUUUGAAGGGCUCCCGUCGGAGCGCGCCUACCUUGACGCUGACUUGCUGCCAAAGUGCUUGUGCUACGCAAUGAAGUUGUGCCUCAAGUACAGCGACCCCGGCGGCAGCAUCGUCUCCAUCAUGACCACCGUCACGGAGAAAAAUGGACUCGAGUUUUUGGUGAUUAACUUCAACCUGACCGGCGAUGGCAUGCCUAAGGCGAUUGCAAAGUUCUUCGACUCGUCGCUGAACAAGCACAGCGACUCUUGCGCAACGCUGAGCCUCGAAGUCGGCGAGGACGGCGACAGCGACGACGACGACGGUGAGAACUACGCAGAGGAGUCGACAGAGCUACGGAAAACGAUGCGGCCUGGGCUGCGGCGCAAGCUGCUCCGUGUGCAACGUGCCGUCGAGGACCAGGGUGGGACGCUGCGCAUGCUCCGCAACCCGCAAGACUCGAACAUCGCCUUUCUCAUCCCCUUCAUGCCGGCGAGCGAGCAGGAUGCCGAGAAUGCCUUCGUAGAGGAGUCACUGAGCACCUUGGCCGACUCCACCAGCGCAAGUCAGUCGAUGUCACUGGCAGGGAUGGGCAACGGUAUCGGACCCCCAACCGCUGCGGCCACAGCAACUGGUGCCGGCAGAGGGCAUAGUGCAACUUUCUUGCCUGGCGGCUACAGCAAGGCUGCCGGGAGUGUGUCGUUUGCAGCCACCCCCGCGGGCGAGGCCAGUGGACUAUCGAACCAGUCGGUGCCCGGGUCCGCCGUCACCGUGCCUGGGCAACCAAACUUCAGCUACACGACCUGCCUCGCAGAGGACACGCCGGCCCACCGCAUCAUGCUCUCUUCAUUCCUGUGGGAACGCCACCACGCGGUCCUGACGGCUUUCACCUUUGAGGACGUCGUGGGUCUUGCCGGAGUCGCCGACAUUCUCAUCAUUGACCUACAGCAGUCUGCCAUUACCUCCCCGCAUGACCUCGACCCCAUUACGCGGCUGCGCGAGAUGCUACGGCACAUGGCCGUGAUCAUCACCGCCACCAACUUCGACCUCGUCAGCAGUGACACGUAUGCGGCGGCCGGCUUCAUUACACUGAAGAAGCCGUGCACCCCUGUCCAGGCCAUGAAAGCGAUCCGCCACGCAGAGGAGAAGUCGGCCGUUGUGAAGCUAGAAAGAAUGCGUAUCGAGCAGACACGUGAAACGCUAGCGCGCAACAGCCGCGGCGCCUGGCGUCACGGGGCCCUCCUCGGGAAAGGAUCUUCUGGCGAGGUGUAUGAAGCGUACGACGUGCUGACAGGCGGCAAGAUGGCCGUGAAAGAAAUGCGACUGGGCAAUAACGAUGCCAAGAUUGAGCAGUUUGUGCAGGAGAUCAGCACCAUGUGCAACCUGCAGCACCCCAACAUCAUCCACUACUUCUACUGCGAGGAGAGCAAGGAGCAGAAGGUGAUUCGGGUGUUUAUGGAGUUCGCUGGCGGCGGCACGCUGCAGUCACUGCUGAAAAGAAAGGGAAAACUCCAGUACGUUGAGCUGCGGGCGCUGCUGCGGGAUGUGGUAGAGGGGCUUGCGUACAUUCACUCACAGCACUACGUCCACGGCGACAUCAAGACAGCCAACGUGCUGCUGAGCAGUGAUGGCAAAGGCAAGAUCGGCGACUUUGGCACGGCGCGCACAGUGCAGGAUGGGGAGCUGCUAUACGUGAUGCAGGGCAGCCCGCUCUACAUGUCGCCCGAGUGUAUGUCAGCCGGGGAGGAGGACGAGGAGGGCAACCGAAUCGGCUAUGGCUUUCCUUCCGAUAUAUGGUCGCUUGGCUGCGUCGCGAUGGAAAUGGCGACAAACAAGCCGCCUUUCGCGCACAUCAAGUCUAUUAAGGGGCCCGCAGGCUUGACAAACUUCAUCACAUCGCUGACGGACGUCCCUGACUUGUCGCCGCUCUUCAAGUGCCACCCCUCCAUCGUGGAGUUUGUCUCAGCGUGUCUGAACCCUGACCCGAGCCAGCGCGCCUCCGCGCAGGACCUGCUGCAGAUGAGCCUCUUUAGUGAGUCGACGCAUGGCGACCGCAACUCCGCCGUGAAGGCACUGAAGCGGGCGCAGCUGCUGCACGUGCUGAAGAAGUUCGUAGCCUUCCAGGAGCCCCAAGAGGCGGAUAAGCUGAAGAAGCGGCGUAACCGCCCCAAGGUGCGCCGGCUCACCUCCGACUUCUUCAGCUCCAACAGCAGCCCCAGCGACACCGCUAGCAGCGGCAGCGCGGGGAGACUGACGUCGACAGCCCCCUUGAAGUCGGCGCUCGCUGCGGAAGUUGAAGGAGUAGCUGGCGAAAAGCGGUGUCAGGGUGCAACCGCCGCAGUAGCGGAAGGAAACGAGGACGAGUCCGAGACGGACGUCCCACGGCACAGCGACAAGGCGGCGCUGGCGGCGAGCGGCACCUCCCAGACUCCCGACGGCGCGAGGGCUGCUAGAGCAAGCGCGGAGGCGUCAUUGUCCAACACGGUCACCGCCGCGGGCAGCAGCUUGAAUCUAACGGCAUCGACCUUCAGGCGCUACCUGCGCAAGUGGGACUUCUCCUCCACAUCCUCCUCCUCGUCUGCCGAGUCGAAUAGGAGGCCGAAGGCAAUGGCGCCCGCUGCGGGUGGAGACGGAGGUGCGCAGCGCACUCCCCAGCGGCACUGCGACCCCGUCACAGGCGUCGCUGGCCAAAACGACAAGGCUGAGCCGGAUGCGCGCAACCCGAAAGCGGAGGUAGCGUAUGAGCUCUCUCCGACCCCGAAGAAGCGCUCCAAGACGCGCUCUCGUCCGCAAACACAACUGCCACUGCCAGUGCGGAGCUCAUCGCAUCAGCAACGGGACCGAGGCAGCACCACCACCAUAACAACGAACAGUACUGAGGAAGCCUUCUUCGCGACGUCGUCGAACAGCAGGAGCAGCAGCAGCAGCAACAGCGGUCGCACGCCCAAUAAGGCUAGCUCUCGCAACGAAGCCGUUGGCUACACCCCCAGCUUUCCUGGCCGACGCCGCAACGUGAUGCUGGAUGAGGCUGGCAACAUCGUGUCGUUUGACCAGCUGCGGAGCAUGACGAGCGGGGCGACACUGCCGGACAGCAAGGGCGAACAGCACGGAGUCGGUGUUUCCACUGGAAGGGGUGCUGAGGUUGCCGCAGCGGCGACGGCCGAAGUCACCGCUCCGCCGCGCACACCGCUGUCCACUCUUGGUGACGUGAAUGAUCACGCGCUGAGUCCAAGCAAUGCCAUGGGUCUCGUCAACGCGUCCUUCGCUCAGCCGCCAGGCAACUUCUCAUUCUUCAAUUAUAGUUUCAACAAGAACAUCAGUUUUCUGGGCGCCAACAUGGACGAGGUACUGAACAGCGCGGCAAACGAUUUCCUCAACCACCUUGCGGCGAACUCGCACACGAACAAUGCAGCGUGCGUCGAGACGGUCAGCAGCGCCGGCAGCGCGGGGCAGCCGUCCUCAAGGACACUCCUGUGUGGAGAGAGGUCAGGCAGUGGGCGAAGCCACGCGGUGCCCUCUAGCACAAGAGAAGGGGAAGGUCACACCGAUUGCACAGUCGUCGUGACCAGCCCACUGGCAGGGGCAGGUCAUAGCGAAGACUGCAGCAGCGUGGCGGAGACGCCGUCGCGGCAGCGGGGCUGGACAGUGAGCCGCAGCCCCUCCACCCGAAGUCCGCUGGGUGUGUGUGGGCAGGGCGAGCCGGCACUGAUUGAAGGCGGAAACGGGGUGCAGCACAGCGGGGCCACGUUGCCGCGGCCGCAGACACCGCCGAAUCUCCUGUCCAUGGCAGCGACACCCGCUGCUGCCUCCCGCUCCCUUUACCCCGUCUCGAGCCAGCUGGGCUCCGCCUCGUACACCUCAGACGAUGGCACCGCCAGCAUCACACCGCGUGCUGAUAGCGUGCCUCUUGUGGGGGCUGCCGCCCCACCGCAUCGGCGGCGCCGCGUACGGCCGCCGAUAACCAACCAGUCGUUCUUUGUGGUGGAGGACCGGUCGUCCGUGUCCUUUUACGGCGGAGCGCAGACGACGUCGACGCUAGCAACCCCCUCCAACAUAAGCAGCGCAAGGAUGCCCGGGUUCAGCGCCGGGAGCCCUUUCUCGCACGCCCAGAUCAGCCUCACCACCCUGUCAAGCGUGGCCUCCGCAGACGGCAGCAUCACCGGAGGCAUGGCAGGUGAUACGAACAACAGCGCCAUGCUUCAGCAGCACUACGCAAGCGUCGCGGUUGUAGCGCCGCCGCCGGUCUUCUCCACCUUAUCGGUGAGCAACGCGCGGGCAAUGUGGCAGCAACGACGGCGCCACAGAGCUGCCGGCAGUCGCGGCGGUGGGGGAGGUAGCAGCGUCAGCAAUUUCCGCCCCUCAGCACCGCUGAGCAGCGAGGGCAGCGUCUAUCUGACGGCGGCCGAUACGCACCAGGGAGACGGUCAGAUGGGGCGAGCGGCAGACGCUGUCGGGAGCCGUGAGGGUGAUGAUGACGACGACCUGCCCAGCGCCGCCUUUGCCUCGAUGCGCUCCGGCUUCUCCCGACAGUCAUCCUUGCGAAGCUCCCCCUACCUCACAGCAGAGACCCUCUCUGCGACACACGAGCAGGACAUAAAGCAACGCCGCGCCAAAGGUGGCGACACCGCCACGCUCGGCAGUGAGGACCGUCGGAGUGCCGAUGCACGAGACGCACCGCUCUUCAGCAGUCCCACUACCGAAAGAGAGCCACUCCUCCUCGCGCACCUACGGCACAUUGAGGAGGCACUGCAGGAUGUGCUGUCGCAGCUGCAGGCGCGGCAGCGUCAGCACAUCCCGCAGCUCCGCCUAAGGGAAAGUAGCAGCCCAGUUACCGAGGUACAGGACAGUUUCGACUGCGCGCCGUCUUCCACCGCCAUCACGGCCUUUCAAGCCACGCUGCCGCAGAGCGCGAUGCAGUCCACGACCCUUCACAACGCCACCCUGCUCCCGCCUGCGUUCGCUAGCAGCGCGUCUGAGGUGGCCACAACAGCGACGGCGGCCCCACCGCAGCACAGCGGAAUGGGAAUCAACAUCGUUCCUGCCGAGCUGCCGCAGCUGCUCUCAUCCCGUACGGCCUCCGUGAUGAUUCCGCCAUCCAAGCAAGGCAUGACCAACCCGCUCGCAAUGCGGGCAUCACCACCGCUGUCGAUGCACCGUAGCAAUCCUCUGUGGCCAACAGAGGACUGCUACGCAACGGAAGUACGGGACCCGGUGCGCCAUAACUCCACGGGAGUGUCUGACACACUACUCCCACCCAGCGUGCCCGGGCGCAGUGCUAGCAGCAGCGGCGAUGAUGUGACUGUAGAGGACCUGCUGCACAAGGUGCUGCAGCGGGUGAAUCUACUUUUAGACGAGGUCUCGCAUCUUUCACCGCCCGUCACGUCGUACUCAUCACCACUGACACCAACGACGACGAACGCAUCGCAAGCCUCGUAG